CCCGCGCCCGAGCAAGCUUUCUAGGGUUUCUUCGCCCUAUCCAGGCAGGCACGCCGCCACUCGCUCCGCUCCGACCAGCCCCGCCGCCACUUGGCGCGCCUCGACCUGUUCCCAGAAAGCUAGGGUUCCUGGCCCCCUCUUGCCUGUUCCCUCUAUCUCUGAAUCGAUCGAUCGAAGACCCUCGGUUCGUAACCGCCACGGCCCACGGACAUUGGCUCCGGAUUCCAAGUGCUCUAGACCGUCCGCGGGCCUCCACUGCCCCGGCUAGACCACAGAUCAGUAACAGAUCCAAGAACAGGUGUCUUGUGGUGCUUGUGGUGUCUGCGGAUGGCCAAUAGCAAGUAUGAGUAUGUGAAGAGGGAGUUCGAGUUCAAUCGCCAGCUCCCGGCCUCCAACUGGAUCGUCGUCCGCAUCGAUGGUUGCCACUUCCACCGAUUCUCGGAGUUGCAUGCCUUUGAGAAACCAAAUGACGAGAGCGCUUUAGGAUUGAUGAACGCCUGUGCCACUUCUAUGCUCAAGAAAUACAAUGACAUAGUGUUUGCUUAUGGUGUUAGCGAUGAGUACAGUUUUGUCUUUAGAGAAGAAACAGAAUUAUAUAAAAGGCGAGAAAGCAAAAUUCUCUCUUCAUGUGUUUCUUACUUCACAUCUGUAUACAUGAUGAAGUGGAAAGAUUUCUUUCCUAAUAAUGAUUUGAAGGAACCUCCAUACUUUGAUGCGCGAGUUGUAUGCUAUCCAAAUAUGAAGACUGUUCGUGAUUAUUUGGCAUGGAGACAAGUGGAUUGUCAUAUAAAUAAUCAGUACAAUACAUGCUUCUGGAUGUUGAUACAGUCCGGAAAAACCGAAAAUGAGGCAUAUCAAGCAUUGAAGGGAACAUCUUCUAAGGAUAAGAACAAGUUGCUUUUGCAACAGUUUCAAAUCAACUAUAAUGAUGAAUCGGCUAUGUUUCGGAAAGGAUCCAGUGUUUAUCGAGAUAAGGUCACGAAGGUGAAAACAGACGACUAUGGGAAUCCCAUAAAAAGAACCCGUCAGGCAACUAUAGUGUCAAAUUUUGAUAUCAUAGGUCCCGAGUUUUGGGAAAAACAUCAAUACAUUCUUGGAAAAGCAUCAGACUGCCAGUAUCUUUGGGGGAAAGAAAAAUAUGGAUACGAGUAUGUGAAGAAGUUUGUUAACAUCCCUAGGUCUCCAUGUUCCAAUUGGACCAUUGUUCGUAUUAGCGCCUGCCAAUUUGAUCAAUUCUCACUGAUCCAUUCAUUUGACAAGCCAAAUGAUGAGACCGCUUUAAGAUUGAUGAACGCUUCUGCUUCACUGAUGAUGGAGCAAUUUCCUGAUAUUAUCUUUGGCUAUGGUUUUAACAAUGAGUACAGCUUUGUGUUCCAGGAGAACACUGAAUUGUACAAGAGAGAGGAGAGUUCAAUCAUUUCUUCAUGUUCAUCAUGUUUCACUUCCUUUUACAUUAUGAAGUGGGAAGAAUAUUUCCCCAGUAUACCCUUAGUGCAGCCACCACACUACAAAGCAGAAGUUCUCUGUUGCCCAAAACCAACAACCGUUUGUGAUUAUUUGUUCCGGAGGCAAUCAGAAUGUCACAACAGAAAUCAAUACAAUACAUGCUUUUGGAUGUUAGUGAAAUCUGGAGAAGGUGAAAACAAAGCUAAGGAGAUACUGAAGGACACAUUACCAAAGGACAAGAACGAGUUACUUUUUCAACGAUUUCAAAUGAACUACAACAAUGAACCGGCUAUGUUUCGAAAGGGUUCAUGUGCUUACCGUCAAAAGGUGGGAGAAUUUGCAGAGGUGGAAGCCAAUGGAGAUGUUACAAGAGAGCGGUGGGAUGUGGCGGUGGCCCACGUAGACAUGGGGCCAGACUUUUGGAGAAAGCACCCUUAUGUUUUCAACAGAUGAAAGCAAUAGCAGAAGAUGAGAAGAUCCAAGUUUGUUUAUCGUCGAAGAAGUGCUUGCGGAGUUGCGUCCUGGAUUUAUGGCCUCUUAUAAUUCUGUACUACUAGACUUAUAGCUCGGCCUAUCCCGCCUGAACUGUACUUCUAACUUGACAGAUGCCUUCAAACUCUGAACUUGUACUGGAUAAGUUGUAACAGUGAUUAAAUUCAGGUUUCUUUUAUCA